UUAUAGCGAAAGGAAAGUCGACGUAUAAUUUUUUAUUACCAAUUCUAUCGCCCUCUAAAAAAUCGACAUGUACCUCUUUUAUGUUUCUCGUGACAAAUAUCGCAACACUUUUACCAACUCCUCAUUUGAAAGCUUUCGUCGAAGGUCGAAAGAAAACCUCGACGUUGACAAUUACUAAGGAAAGUUGCGUAACAUAAAGCAGAAAUAGGAGAGCUUACAGCGAGCAUAAAUUAUCAAAGAACCUAAAGAACGGCGCGUUAUUCGUUAUACGCGUUAUAAAAAUGGUACUUUUUUGCUUUUUCGGUGAAACAAGGAACUUGCUUAGGUUUUUAAUUGUCCCGAAAUACAAAUACCGCAGUAAAAUAUAAAGUUUCACUCAAAGUUCUACGUUCGUAUAUGCAUUCCUUAUAUGCACGGGGAAUAUAUCGGGUCCAUUGUAUAUCUGGCAAUGAACCUGUCAUAGAAAGAGAAAGGCGUCGGUGUACAUACAUGAUUUACCAGAUCCAGUUUCAUACCUGAUCUGGAAGACGCGCAAAACGAGAAGAAGUGGGUAAGAUGCGAGUUACGGUUUUUCUCCCGUUUCCUAACUAUAUAAGAAAGUUGAUGGCAGUGAUCGACCGCAGACCAUCUUUGCGCGUGAUUGUUACAAUUUUCUUCUUCGCAUUUCGUAGCGCAUAAGAGGCUGAAAUGAAGAAACUGAUCGUAUUCGCGCUUACGGUGGUGGUCGUCGCCGCGUACAGGAAAGGAAGAAGAUACAGUGCUUUGGAAGAUUUUCCACCUUAUCAAGAGACUGAUUGGUAUCCAUCUUCUCACGAUCAUUCAUUUCGAGAGCCACCGUUUAAAACGCAACAACACCAACCUUAUCGAUAUCGACCGUAUAGACAGGACUUACCCCCUCAUUCUGAGCAGCUGUCUUUCAAGGAUCAAUUGUCGUUACGAGAUUACGCGUUAUUAAAAGAUCAACCAUUUUAUGACAACAUUUCGUCGUUUAAAAACGCUUCAGAUUUCCAUGGACAGUCGUUCUUUGCAAAUGGAACGCCGUUUAAGUACCAAGGAGACAAAGAUCGGACGGUUUACAGAAACGAGCGGCCAUUUCAAUAUCAGCCGUUAAAUGAUCGAUAUUCCUCCUAUCGGCAAACUUACCGUGACGAUUUUCGAUUCGCUGACGUGUACGAUAAACCAAUUGAGUCUCACAAAGAACAAUCAAGGCAGCAACAGGUCGAUUCGUUUGGUAGAGAUUCAGAGUAUUUGAAGCACGGAAACCAUGGUCUAGGAUACGUGGCUGUGCCACCUAUUUCGCCGUACGAGAACGUUCUACUAUUGAACGAGGAAGCAUUGACGACGAUGGCACCGUCGAUGGCUUCGACAACCACCCACGAACCGUUGCAACAAUCUACCGCCUCUUCUGCCACCCCGGUUACCACCCAGGUUCAUACGUCUACGACUUCCGAGCUGAAAAUGGCUCCGUUCUCGUAUACGGCGACAAUGCCAACCAUGAAACCCGAUACGCUGGCCGACGCCGCUACUACCAGCGUAUCCACUCCAACAAUUUCUACGAUACCAGCCGCCUCGGCCACCAGGAAGCAGCCUUCGAACUUGGCUCAUUUACCGACCACCGAAGCUACCUUACCUGUCAUGGACACGGAAUCUCCAAUCAUAUCUUUUGGACGACAAACCGUACCUCCAAUUGAAUUUCAACCGACUAGAGUUACCUCACCGACAACGUCUUAUUACCUUUCCAAUGGGUUAAAGAACAAGAUUCAGCAGUCUCUGCUUGCUUAUCUGCUAUCACAACAGGCGAAAAACGGCAUCAAAAGCAACGUGCAAAUUCUGCCGUUGAACCAAGCACUUUCAGAUGUAUCGAAUAACAGCCCGAACAACAAGAUCCCCGGCACUGUAUUAAAUUACGUACUUUCAGAAGAAUCAAAGGGCCCUCUGAAGAACAAUUUGCAGAGUUCUCUGCUGAGCUAUUUGCUGCAGCAGGAAUCGAACCGUGAUCUACCUUUCCAACAGACUUCCCUAUCGGAAACUGCGAAUCAUGUUCCAUUAGCCACGGUAGUCGAGAGGCCAACGAUGACACUGCCAAGUAUACCGAUUGCAACUUUGUCAGCGGUUUCUCGGCCAAUGCAGGCGAUAAACUACAUUCCGAUAACGUUGCCAAGAAUGUCUGCUUUCGUGGCUCAAGACUCGUCCAGGUCCACUAGCCUCCCGUUAGGUACGACUUUCUCUUCCGGCCUGCCCUCGGGCGUACUGAGCAGUCAUGUAGGAAGCACAUUCAACAGUUUACCUGAGGGGAUAAACACCGGAAUAUCUGGAGGCAUAUCCAACAGCCUGUCAUCGGACGUUCCUACUGGCAUAUCAACUUUGAACUUUGGUCAGAAUUUCCAACAUGUAGGUCAGCUGCGAACGUUUGAACCGGCGAGGAGUGAAUCGUAUUCCACAGGACCGCAGUUACAGCUAGGCGGUUUCGGAGGGAUAGGUUACACUUUGCGCUCAACUAGUCCCAGCCCACGCUCCACGAAUCUCGACAUUGCAAAAUUGGGGUUAAGUUUGCCAGAGAUGCCGCGGUAUCAGCUCCCUACGUUUUCCAAGGUCGAAUUGGGUCAACACUUAUGGUGAACGUGCAACUGUGGCCAUCGUUCGAAACUGCGUGUUUAUUUAUAUCAUUACGAAAUAUUUUAGCAAACUACCAAAGUUUAAGAAACUCUAGGAUACAUAGAC